CUUCUGAAAGUUAAGCAAAGAAUCUCUACCUUAGCCACGGGACUGUUGAAACUCCCUUUUUAAUCUCCAUAUAAGCAUCCCUAACUCAGAAACUUGAGAUUUACCCAAGAAAACUUUGAGGGAAAAAAACCAUGAAGAUUGACAAGGAAAUCUCUCAUCCCAUCCACCUAAAACACAAGCUCAAGAUCGAAUACACCGAGGUCCCGUUCUACUGCGACGGGUGCAAAGAAGCCGGAAUUGGCCUCAAAUACAAGUGCCAGCAAUGUGAGUUUGAUUUGCACAAGGCAUGUGCUGUGGCUCCUCCAACCAUCACCCACCCCUUCUACGACAAAUGUGAGUUUCAGUUUCUUUACAGACCACCGGGCGCUGUGAGGAGAGUGUGUGAUGCGUGUAGGAAGGAUGUUGUAGGGUUUGUGUACCACUGCAGGAAGUGCGGUUUUGAUCUGCACCCCUGUUGUGCCAACCUCCCACAAGUCCUGGAUGACGGUGAGCGCAACUUUUACUUGUACCUCAAGUUAUCGAGCGCUUGUCAUCGGUGUGGAGGCAAGGGUCGUGGUUGGUGUUAUAGGUCGGAAUGCAAGACGUAUAAUCUUCAUGUGUCAUGUGUGAAGGAGUUGCUUGUGGAGAGCUGGCAAGCCAUGUAUCUGAAUGUGGACAAGAACAAGGUUAGGGAAAUGCAGACUAGGAUCCCGAGCCUUAAGGGGACGCUGAAAAACCACCACGGCGGAGGGAGAGGCGAGAAGGUCAGAAAGUGUUGCGAGAUAGCUGGUGGCGCUGUUCGCAUCAUUGUCUCUGCCAUACUAGGAGAUCCUAGCGCUCUGAUAGGGGCCGCUAUUGGCGGUUUCAUAUCCAAGUAGAGAGUGCAGAAAAUUGAAAACAAGUACAUGUUUGGUAUUUCUGUUUCUUCAUGUUGUUGUGUUGUAUUUGUUACUUUGUUUCAUGUGAAUGCCAAGUACUGUGUGAAUGAUUGGGACUACGUGUCGUCCAUAUCUGCGUACUUC